GGAGCGCUCGCUUAUACUCUCUCCCUCUCUAUCUAUAAAAAGACGCAUCUUUCCUCAUUACCACAAAGUUCUUUCACAGAUCUUCUCGUUUCUUUCUGAUUAUCAUGACCAAGAUGGGCUUGAAACCCGACCCGAGUCCGAUCCAGAGUAAUGCCAAAGAGAUCCGUUACAGAGGCGUGAGGAAACGUCCAUGGGGAAGAUACGCCGCGGAGAUCCGAGAUCCGCGUAAGAAGACUCGCGUUUGGCUCGGGACGUUCGACACCGCUCAGCAGGCGGCGCGUGCCUACGACGCUGCGGCGCGUGAGUUUCGAGGCGCUAAGGCUAAGACGAAUUUCCCGACGUCUCUAGAGCUUAAAGCGAAUUACGGCGGUUACUCCCGUAGUCCUAGUCAGAGCAGCACCGUCGACUCCGCCUCUCCCACGGCGGCGAGGUUGGUUACGCCUCCGCAGCUCGAGCUCAGCUUAGGCAAUGGCGGCGCGUGCUAUCAGAUUCCCGUUGCGCGUCCUGUUUACUUCUUUAACAUGACGGCGUUCCCUCUUGCUGCUACGUGUGGGGUCCAGAGCGAGUCUGAUUCGUCUUCGGUCGUUGAUUUCGAAGGUGGAGCUGGGAAGACAUCUCAGCCGUUAGAUCUGGAUCUUAACUUAGCUCCUCCGGCGUAAUAGGCGGUGUCUUUAGUCUAGUAGUUUUUUAUUUUCUGUCUAAAAAAAUAUCUUCCGUUUUUAGGAGAAAAUAAAGAUAGUUAAAUAAGCUGACAUGUAAUGAUCCUUAUGUAUAUAUUAUCGACGUAUUAUAACAUAAGAUAUGAUGAAAUGUUAUGGUC